AAAGCAAAAAAACAAACAAACUAAAUAAAACAAAUCAGCAACUAGUCUGGCUGUUUUUCUGCUGGAGCUGACUGUGGGCAGAAAGAAGGAGGUGCGCUCCGGUGCGCUCCACGCACAGCAUGGAGGAGGUGGAGAGGAGCUGAGCGCACAGACAGGACGCCUCUCCGGGAUGUGAACUGAAGUUGUGGUAGAAUGGCCACCCAUGUGGCGACAACAGCCGAGGGAUGGGAGCUUUUUACCACCACUACUUCAACCAGCAACACCACCACCCUCCAACCAACGACCUCCGCCGGCUUUUUCACCGACUCACCAUCGCCUCCUCUCUGAGCAUCCUCUGCUUCUCCUUGGUCUACCUCCUCACCGGAGGCUGCGAGUCGGAGCUCACGGAAAACUCUGACAUCAAGCCGUCUGCGCGGGACUUCGUGGUGAGGGGGUCGGGAUGGGCGCAAGAGGGGAACGGAACCGAUGCUCUGGGCAGCAGCCACCCGGCGCUGGAGGGCAACAGCUCGGGGAAAGAGUGGACAGCCGCGCGGAGGCUGCCCCAGGCUCUUAUCAUCGGGGUUAAGAAGGGGGGCACCAGGGCUCUGCUGGAGUUCCUGCGGCUCCACCCGGACAUCCGCGCCCUGGGGUCCGAGCCGCACUUCUUCGAUCGGCAUUACGCACGGGGACUGGAUUGGUACAGGAGUAUGAUGCCCAAAGCCCUUGACGGACAAAUAGUGAUUGAGAAGACGCCGCGGUAUUUUGUCACAGUGGACACGCCAGCACGGGUCCAUGCCAUGUCUCAGGAUGUGAAGCUGAUCGUGGUUGUUCGUGAUCCUGUGACACGAGCCAUAUCGGAUUAUACACAGAUUAUCUCCAAGACGCCUGACAUCCCACCCUUUGAGAGUCUGGCCUUCAAGAACCGCACCACAGGUCAGAUUGACUCUCUGUGGAGCCCGUUGUGGAUCGGCCUCUAUGCCCAGCACAUGGAGCGUUGGCUGGCAUGGUUCCCCAGAAGUCAGAUCCAUCUGGUCAGCGGGGAGAGGCUCAUCUCUGACCCGGCUGGAGAACUGGGGAAAGUCCAGGACUUUCUGGGUCUUCAGAGGAUAGUCACAGACAAACACUUCUAUUUCAACAAAACUAAAGGAUUUCCUUGCUUAAAGAAACCAGAGGGCAGCAGUAAACCCCACUGUCUGGGAAAGACAAAAGGGAGGACACAUGUCUCCAUAGACCCAGAGGUGAUUCAGAAACUGAGGGAUUUCUACAAGCCUCAUAACCAGCGCUUCUACCAGCUUGCAGGGCAAAACUUUGGAUGGCACUGAUCCUCUACCUGCAUGAAGUUAGACGCCUCAGUUGGCACUGCUUUAGUGCAAAUCUUCUGUCUGACUGAGACAGAUGAAACGACUCAGUGCGCUAAACACAGUCAAUAAUGUCUCCAGCCAAGGAGAAUCUCCAUAGACCUCUUUCUGAAAUCUUAGUGUCAAUACAUUCUGUCUGCAUCAGCCAUUCAUCUUGACAUGUCAGAAAUACCGCUUUGUGCUUCUGCGAAAGAUGCAUUCAGACUGUGGUUGGUAUAGGGUGUGGUUUUAUGAUGAUUGGUGUAGACACAGAAAAGCUUUCACUGUCUGACUUACAAGCUGUUAUAGUUGUACAAAGAUGCUAAAACUCAGUGUCUGUGCAAUUUUUCUUCUAUACAUUUCAGACUUUUCACAGCUCAAUGUUUUUCUGUAGAUUUUACAACAUACCGGUAUUGCUUAUUGAUUUAAUACCUUGAUUUGACCAAAUAUUUGAUAAUCAACAUAUAGACUAAAAUUUUAAACAUGAUAAGCUAUGUGAAUCUAUAAAUCCGUGCCAGGGCUCUAAAUCGCUAUAAUAUCUUUUAGUUUCAACAUUUUAUGACUGCUUUGAGGGUUUGAUUGUAUUUUCUCUGACUUUUUUUUAUGUAUGAUGUGGACUUUCUGUCCAGGCCCCUCUUGCUAAUGAGAUCUACAUGGCAGUGAAGUUUGAUUUUGGUAAAAUAAAGGAAAAGUGAUGAAUUAACUUUGGAUUUCACUGAUUAGUUGUUAGUUAUUGUUAUCCAAAUUUUUUUUGUGUAUGUUUUUAGAUCGCCCAAACAGUGUAACGACACUAUGGAGUGUGUAGUUGGAGUACCCCCCUCCCACAUACCGGAACAUUAGAUGUUAUUUAGACAUUGGUUUUUAGGUUGAAGCUGGUCGGUUCGUCAUAGUCUUGAGUUAGUCCAGAAAAAAUUGUUGACACCUGGGCUGUUUGGUUGAUCUGAUUUUGUCCCAUUUUAGUCCGAUAAUAGACGUAAAACCUGGAUGUUCAACGUCUUUUCAACAAUCUGAAAAUUACAGCUCACUUUUUAACCAAACAUAGACUUCGUUUGGACGUAAAUCAUUUCAUCUUUUCAAUGUCUUUCCAAGGUCUGUUGUAUCUGAACUUGUUCACUCUUUCAAAUGAUUCAAUUGUUAGACUAUUCUCAAAUAUGUUCUGUUCGAUACAUUUCAAGUAUUUAGGAACUUUUAUUUUGUUUGUAAAAGUUUUCCUGUAACAGCAUCUUUGGUGUUUUUUUUUUUAGCAUUUUGGGUCCCGUUCAAGAACCAAAGGUCAAGUUUAACAUUUUCUAAAGAACACAGAAAAAGUGACGUGGCCUUUUAUGAUUUCGCAAUAAGAAUACAUUCAAACAGGAAGUAAAAAAACAUAUAACUGAUAGGUACAAUAUUGAAAUCAAGCUGUAAUGUGGUAAAUUAUGGAUUAACCAUUUAAAAUUCAUAGAAAUCAAGGUGCAUUUUAGGUAUCACUGGCCUUUAGAAGCUAGUAAAUCAAUAAUUUUUCCAUAUUUCUUUUCUUACCUUAGUUUACCAUACUGGAGAAUGAGAAAAACAAAAUCCAUACUUUCCAGACUUUUCAAAGCUGUGUAGGGAAACAACAGAAUGAACACAUUUUGGUUUAAUUCCUUCUUUUUUGCUCCCCAUUUUAUCUGCAAGUAUUAAUUUAAGAGUGUAAAGGCAGUUGGGGUUUGUAUAUAGAAAAAUGUUCUGCAAGCAUUGUUUCCAAAAAAAGCUUGGAAUGAAUCUUUCAUGCGGUAAGCAGCAGAGGGGGGUGGGGGGUAUGAGCUCAGAUUUGACUGAGUGCUUUUGUAUCCUUGAAUAAUGAAUGUGGUUAAAUGGAUGGAGUGGGAACUGGUAUGGAUCACUUGGCUCAUUUGUAUGCUUUGCUUAGGUUAGCGAGUGCAAAACCAGCCUACUGUGCUUAGAGCAGAGUGAGCGGACCAGCAGAGGGCGACGGGACA